AUGACAAAUUCAAAGUUGGCAAAGAAGAAGAAAACAAGAAAGGAAUUGAGACAAUCAGAACUAUGGUCAAAGUAUAGGUUUAUUUGUUGCUGCAAGCGAUGUAGUUCUUUGCCCUUCACAUAUGUGGAUCAGUCAUUGCAAGAAAUAUCUGUUUCAUGCCGAGAUUUAUCUGGUCUGCGUUCCGAUUACAAGCUCUUCAGAGACAUGGCUGAUAGAAGAUUGACUGAUUCCAUUGAAGAUGUUAUAUCAGAGUACCUUUCAGUCGGUGAUUCCGCGUCUUGUUGUGAGAAGCUUGAGAAGAUUCUUAUUCAAGGUCUGGACGAGCAACUAGAAAUAAAUGAAGGAAAAUCACAUUCUAAAUUCACACUGCAUCCCCUUCAUCACCUCUCUCUAAAUUCCUAUACAACACUAACUUCAGCAUAUAAAGUCCGCGCUAGUGAUUUAUUAUCCGACGAUUCCAAAACAGAUCUUAACCAAACAGAAGCUUUUGAUAUGAGCAGAACUAGUUCAGCGUAUUCUUUGUUAUUGGCUGGUGCAGCUCAUCAUCUCUUCGCUUUUGAAUCAUCGCUUAUUGCAUCAGUUGCUAACUUUUGGAUAGGAGCUGGUGAAUCGUUGUUAACUCUUACCACAAAUUCCGGAUGGAGUAGGUUUGUUAAUUCUGACACAAAAUUUGAAUGCUCUAAGUGUUCACUAGUGAAUAGAUUUAGAGCCUGUAUAUUAAAUGGUCAAAUCAAAAGUGAAGAUUUUGAGAUUGUAACAAAUGAGUUUAUUCAUUGUGUCUCGGAUAUAACUCAUGAAAUUUGGGGUUUCCUUGUAUAUGGUUGCAAUUUUCUGAAAUCGUGUAAAGACCCUGUUAAUUUCAGCUGGCUAAUGUCUACCAAAAAUUCAGAGGAUGUUGCGGCUCAUGAUAUCGAAAAUGACAAGUGUUACACACAUGAAUCUGGGAAUAGUAUCGGUGUUCGUGAUGAACAAGCAUACAAUGAUCAUACACUAGCAUACAUUUUUCAGCUUGGUGGACACUGCUUAACAUAUGGAGGAUUAUUGGCUUGUAUAUGUUAUGGUCCCAAUUUCCAUUUGGUUUCUCAUGUACAAAAUAUUCUAGAUCAUGAAAAUGAUUCAUUAUUUUCACAUAAUGUUUGA